AUGGCGAGUCCCGAUGCGUGUGGGAGUCUCGCCGAGCAGCUGCGCCACGAGCGCAAGAAGCUGACGCUCUUCCAGCGGCCCCUGAGCGUCUUGUACCACUUCAGUAUCGUGUUCCUGCGCUUCUUCAAGUGGCUGGCGCUCGGGGCCCAGCGCAGUGCCGCCACUCGCUUCGUGCUGUUGCCGCUUGCGGUGCUGUGGCUCGUGGCGUCGAGUCGGGACGGACCCCAUCGACCGCUCCUGGACGAGCUCAACGAGAGCGUCAAGUUUGUGGUCUGGUGGCUCGGCCUGGGCGUGCUCUCGAGCGUCGGGCUGGGCACGGGCAUGCACUCGGGCGUGCUCUUCCUCUUCCCGCACAUCUUCCUCGUGGUGCAGGGCGCACAGGAGUGUCGGUCGCUGGACUUUGACACGCGCCACCACAUGUGGUUCCACCCGUUCGAAGCCAAUUGCACGCACGUCCCUCACGUCUCGACCGUCACGUUUGCUGCGAUCUUUUGGAAAGUCUUUCUGCCGUGUAUGCUCUGGGGAGCUGGCACGGCUGCGGGCGAGAUUCCACCGUACGCGCUCAGUCGUGCCGCGAAGCUCGCAGGGCAGCGCAACGAAGAGUUUGAGGAGAUUGCCGAGUCCAAGUCUCAGUACAAUCUGAUGAACGGCAUGAAGGACUGGAUGAUCCGGUUCCUGGAGAAGCACGGCUUCUGGGGCGUCUUGCUCAUGUCAGCUUGGCCCAAUAUGGCUUUUGACCUGUGCGGUAUCUGCUGCGGACACUUUCUCAUGCCAUUCUGGACCUUCUUUGGCGCCACACUGAUUGGCAAAGCACUGAUCAAGGUCAAUGUGCAAGCCGCGUUCUUCAUCACCAUCUUUACGGACGCGCACCUGAAGCGAGUGGAGGCACUUAUCGGACACAUCACUCCCAAACAGUGGGGCCUUGGCUCUCGAGUUAGCGAGUUUCUGCUCGAGUGUCGCGAAAAGUUUCACUCGGCACAGGUCACGGCAGCUGCCGAGCACGCGGGUACAGCCGUGGCUCCUACUACCAGUCUCGUCUCGAAGCUUGGCUCCUGGAUCAUGGUGCUUUUCAUUGCGUACUUUGCGAUCUCGUGCAUUGAGCAGUUCGCGCAGCAGCACGCGGCCGAGGAGGAUGAGAAGAAGCUCAAGAAGCAGAAGUAA